CACAGUGUGACACCGGGCGGAAGUAAACAAUGUAAAGGCGCCAGGCCAGCUGCGUUAGCUUUACUGAUAUGUGGACAGGGCUGGACGACGGCUGUGUUUUCAGAUGAAUAGUUCCGUGUUUAAAGUCACGAUGUCUUCACCUGAGUGUCUGACGGAGUAUAUUACCGAACAGGAAAAUAUCUGCGACGAAGAAAAAGUCUCAACCUGUGAACCAACGAGGGUCUGGAAACCUGUAGCAACGAUUCACACAACAGAGCUCCCACAGCAACAUGUCUAUAAGGAGGAGAACAUUUUUGGUGACCAGCAGCUUUGUAAACAGGAGGGGAGCUCCAGUCUCAACCAUGAAAACCCAGGUUGUCCGCAGAUUAAAGAGGAACAGGAGGAACUCCACACCAGUCUGGACCAGGCAAACUCGCCGCCUCUACAGAUUAAAGAGGAACAGGGGGAGCUUUUCACCUGUCUGGACCAAGUGAAGCCAGAGCCCUCACAGAUUAAAGAGAAACAAGAGGAACACUGCAGCAGUCUGGACCAGAUGGACCCAGAACCUCCACAGAUUAAAGAGGAACAGGAUAAGCUCUGUAGCGGUCAGAACGAGGACGACCCAGAGCAUCCACAGAUUAAAGAGGAACAGGAGGAACUCUGCAAUACUCAGGAGGGAGAGCUGCUUGUAGUAAAGCAAGAGACUGAUACCUUCAUGGAGGCUCCUAUGUAUGAGGAAAGUGACCACGGCGACAAUUCUCUCAUUUCAGACAGUCACUGUGAUGCAGACGUAGGGAAAAAGUCUGUAGAAUGUGAUGUCUGUGGAAAACCCUUUAAGAAUAAAUCCCAAAUGAACAGACAUCUUAGAAUCCACACAGGUGAAAAACCAUACACUUGCGAAACAUGCGGGAUGCGUUUCAGUUAUAGCACGACUCUGAAACUCCAUGUGAGAACUCACACAGGAGAGAAACCACAUUCUUGCACAGUAUGUGGGAAAAGUUUCAGCCAAAAUAGUAGUUUGACUGUCCACAUGAGAAUCCACACAGGUGAGAAGCCGUACCUUUGUAAGACCUGUGGUAACACAUUUACUGGCAUAUCGGCGUUUAAACGGCAUUUGGCUAUCCACACAGGUGAGAAGCCGCAUUAUUGUAAAACGUGUGGGAAAAGUUUCAGCAGAAGUAAUCAUUUGACUGACCACAUGAGAACUCACACUGGUGAGAAGCCGUAUUCUUGCAACAUUUGUACAAAAAGUUACAGUCGAAGUGCUCAUUUGACCGAGCACAUGAGAACCCACACAGGCGAGAAGCCUUUUUCAUGUGAAACGUGUGGAAAAGGUUUCAGAUUUAAGGAUAACUUGUUGGUCCAUAUGAGGCUCCACACGGGUGAGAAACCAUACGUUUGUAACACAUGUGGGAAAAGGUUUAGUGAUUUCUCAGCACUUAAGAGUCAUACAAAGCUGCACACAUGUGAGAAACCAUAUUCUUGCAAAACGUGUGGGAAGAAUUUUGGUCAUUGUAGUAAUUUGACUGUGCACAUGAGAACCCACACAGGUGAGAAGUCGUCUUGAGACAUUUGUAAGAAAAAUAAUCUGGGAACCAAGCUUGAACAUCGUUAAAGAUCUGGUUCAGGUUAAAAGUAGAUCUUUCAGAUUUAAAGGUGGAGUCAGAUUCUGGUCAGAGAUUAUUGAUAUUUAUAUAGUUAGCAUGUUUAGACAUCAUGAGUCAGAUUCUCUCACUGCUGCCUCUGAAAUGUUUAUACCUUAGAAUGGUGAUCGGAAUGUGGAUCGUUCCGAGCCACUGUUCCCUAUUUACAGAACCAGGACUGUGUAUGAAUACUUUUUUUUUUUCAGCUUGAUCAAACCUCACACUAGCGAGAUCUUUGUCUCGUCAUUAAGAAAAUGUUUUGUCAUAUUUAAGAGUCUACAAACUCAUUUUCUUUUGUGAAUGCAGGGUUCUUUCUCAACAUCAUGGUGCUACAAUGUCAAUAGAAAAAACAAGGAUACCGAAACAAUCGUUACAAAAACUGAAGAAUUUUAAUUCUGUUUAUUUUUUCAUUACCAAAUUUCACACACACCAGUUUCAAACACUAAUGUUUUGCCAUCAGCUUUAUGACUGUUGGAUUAUGUUGAUGUCAAAUAUGGGUCAUUCCGUAUGAAAUCAACCAAUUUUAAGAAAACUUCCCACCUGACCCUCUCAGAUUUUGCUAAGUUUUUACAUACAUUUAGUACAUUAUAUAUGAUGGGAAAAUCCAAAAUUUGAAUGCUUUAUUGUCAUUAGUUUCAAAGUUAUGGCCAUUUGAAGUAGGUAGGGGGUACUCUAUUUUUGCGGCCAAAAUUAAGACUUGAAAUUUUCGACCAUUUUCAGACUUCUAUAACUUCUGAACAACAAAAGAUAGAGAUCUGAAAUUUUCAGAAUCAUUUCACAGUGACAUAUAGUCCUCAAAAAUGUGAAAAUAUUUACUUUAUAUUUAUAAUUGCAUGUUACAGAGAAUGACAAAGUUGCGAUUUUAUCCAUCACGAACUUCUAAACUGCUACAUUUGGCCACCCAUUACACAAAAAGUAAUCAUCAUAUCCAUUAGAAAUUUUAUGUGGUAUAAUUUGGCUAUCUAAGGAUUGGAUCUGUAUAAAAUGAAAGUGCUAUGGUAUGUAAUGCAUGAAAUAUGAACAGCUAAAAAUCAAAAAUAUCUGUCUGACCUUCGGAUUCAAAGGUCAAUAUCAGCAUGUGGGAUAGGUGGUAUCAAAAAAUAAGACGUGAAAUUACAGGAAUUUCCCUAAAUUUUGACACAAAGCACAACUUGCUUCUAUAAACCCUUCUAUGUUUAAUGUUCAAACUAAAUAUAUUUAGGUUUUGAUAUUUUUGAUUUUUAGCUGUUCAUAUUUCACUAAUGCAAUAUGAACUAAGCUGUUCAUAUUGCACUAAUACCGCUCUGUUACAGUUCUGCAUUGAAAUUGGUUCUUAAAGUGUAAGUAUGUUAGUAUAAUUAAGAAAAUGGGGUAGUAAAAUUAAAGGUACUGAUUGCAAAAGAAAAGCAUCUCCUGUUACUGUCAAAAUAUAAUCUUGUGUCUUCUAUCGUCAGAAUAUUACAUCAGAAAGUCACUUUUGCACGUCUUCAUGUUUCUCUUGAAAUCACAAAUGAUUCUAUUGGACAGAUUCAUCACCAUCAGGUCUUUGAAACUUAAUUUUACUCACAAAACAUUAGAUAACAUUUUGGUUCAUUCUAUUUUUAGCUGUUUUGCCAUCAAAUUGUCCUUUGUUUUAGCUUAAAUUUUCAGAUUUGAUGGUAAAAAUCUCAGCCUGAUCUUUGACCUAGUACUUUUUCUGAGGUUUAAUUUGUCAUUGAGGUGAACAAACAUAAGACUUUGAGGAAAACGGGAGUGAUUCCAGCCAAGUCACAAGCAUUCUACUAACAAUCAACUUUCAUUUGAUGUUUGAGGUCAUCGAAUGACAGCAGCGAUCAACUCAGUGGAUGGUGAUAUGCUGAUGAAUUCUCUUAUGGCACUGAUGCUGCCCAUGCUGCAGGUGGUGGACAGGAAAUAAAAGUUGAUUGUGAGAAGAAUAGUUGUGACUUGCCAGGAGUUUUCUGUUACUUUAUGGUUUUGAAUAACCCUGUAUGACUUUGAUGUUUACAUAUGUGAUUCAUUUUUAUCCCCAUUAAUAAAAUCCUCUAAAUCA